CCCCUCACAUCCCCAUCCACCCCCGCCCCAACAAAACCAACGCAACCCAUUGGCUAAUCGAGCGGGCGAGGGUGGGGAUGUAGAGAGAAGGGGGCGUGUUGUAUGCAAAUUUAUUAUGGACACUUAUCCACCACAUGAGCUUCUGUGUGCGAUGUGAAAUUCUUACACAUUGAGUGAGCGACGUCUGUGGGUUAGCGCACCGCUCCUAGUAGUAGUGUUGUGUGGUGUGUGUUGUUGAGUAUGUUGGGGUGUUGUGAGUGUGUGUGUGACGACCUGUCAUCACGCAUCGCUAGCUAGUCGAUGUGAUAUCUAAUUGGUGAUUGGCUCUUCGUCUGCCCAACAUUAUAACUAUCAAUAUUUAACCUCACUAUAUAAUACCACCUCCUGCUUCUGCUGGCAUCUGGAAGCGGUAUCGACCAUGUCUACGAUGCAGGCCAGAUUCGCACCCACGAGCGGAGCCACCUCCUCUCACGUGGUCUACUCUGGUGCGGUUCACGGCCAAUACUCCGGCGUUCUGUCAAGGCAAUACGGAGCUUAUCAACAGCACCAGCAGCAGCAGCAGCAGCUCCACCAGCAACAGCAUCAAGAACAUCCUCAAAGCCUCCUACUGCAUCACCACCACCAUCAACACCAUCAGCAGCAGCAGCAACAGCAGGAGCUUAAUCAGCUUCAUCAUCAGCAGCAGCAGCACAAAGAUCUGGUGAAGCCGCCGUACAGCUACAUAGCCCUCAUCGCGAUGGCCAUCCAGAACUCGGCGGAGGGGCGAGCUACCCUGAGCGCGAUCUACCAGUUCAUAGCGGGGCGCUUUCCCUUCUAUCGCGAGAACAAGCAGGGCUGGCAGAACUCCAUCCGCCACAACCUCAGUCUCAACGAGUGCUUCGUCAAGGUGGCCCGAGACGACCGCCGGCCUGGCAAGGGCAGCUUCUGGACGCUGGACCCGGACUCGCACGGCAUGUUCGAGAACGGCAGCUUCCUGCGACGGAGGAGGAGGUUCAAGCGGAAGCAGCGGGCUGGUGGUGAUGGUGGUGGUGGUGGUGAUGGUGGUGGUGGUGGAGGGUUCCACGCGAUGGAUCAUCGUCACACUGAUGAGGAGGCGUCAGAAUUGAAUCUCGCCCGGGCCUCAGUUGGGACUGCUGGUGGCCCGGAUCGUCCGCUGUCAUCGUGGUCAUCAUCAUCAUCAUCAUCCUCCUCCACCUCGUUGUUAUUGUCGUCGGCGUCUCCAUCAUCGUCAGCGUCAUCGUCGGCGUCAUCAGCAGCAUCGUCAUCGGCUUCACUCGCUGUGCGCCAGCUCUCACCACAGAUGGCGACGAAGACGAUGGUGGCGCUGCUCGUGCCCAAAGUUGAGAGCCCUGACAGCGUCAACCUGAGCAGUGGUAGCAGCAGCAGCAGCGGGGGUGGUGGUGUUUGUGGUAGUGGUGUUUGUGGUGGUGGUGUU